AUGGCCAAAAACCGUCGUCGCGCCUCCGGGCACCCUCGUUCCCCUUCGGGGGCUUAUUCAGGUGGUUUGGUUUCUUCCACCAUUUCUUUUCAAGUCCCAGGGGGUGGUGUCCCCUGGGCAUUCAUAGCUUUUCUUUUGGCUUCGGCCUUUUUGUUUGCCCUCGGGGUUUCUCUGGUCGUUCUGUCGAGUCGGAUGGAGGUGGUGUUUAACACCCACCUUCUAAACAACUGGGAGGAGAUGGACUGUGGGGUCGGGGGGGUGACGGUUGUCAGGGCUCGGAAGCCCUCAGGUCUUCUCCUCCGGGAGUUGACCUGGGUGGCACCGGCCUUCGGCAUCUCGAUCCUCCUCGCCUACGUUUUUCUCGCCGGUUCGUUCCUUCUCCGAUACACCAGCUUAAGUCAAUGGAUCUCCGGCGCUCUCGGUCUUUUAUUUGUUGCUGGGUUCUCAGUACUCACCGCUUUCCGACAACUUCUGACUUUAAUAAUUGUAGUUUUCGGCAUCGCUGUUUGCGUUGUCUGGCAAGUUGUUUGGUUUGAUUCUAGACAUUUUUCGAGAGUUGUAACGUUCGCCAUAAGCCAAAUUCGAUUGUGGACGUUGCUCACGCUUAGUCUCGCUGCUAGCGUAAUAACCGCGCUAUUAUACGCCGGUUACUUCUACGUUGUGUACAGUUUGCGCAGAAUUUACGAUGUCGCAGCUCCUUCAUGUACCAAAGAUCGGAAUUUGUACACCCCGCGAUUAAUAGCCGCGCUCAUUUUCUUAUCUGUCACGACAUAUUGGAUCACUCAUGUUAUAUCGUGUUUCACUCAAGUCGUCGGGGCCCUUUUUACGAAGAAUCACGUACUCUCGAAUGUUCAAAACGACUCCGGACAUUCAACCAUUCGAAGAACGGCAGUUCGAACAACACUGAGACAAAUUUACAGCAGCUUGUGCUUUGGUGCGGGACUUGUUUCUUUUUCGGUAUUUUUAAAAGACCUUGGAAUGGCUCUAGGGCAAAAUUUGUCGCUCACGCCAGAUUCGAAUUUUCAUUCUACAACUGGAGCCCUCUUAUUAACUCUUGUGGUGUAUCUUGCGCCAUUUCACGCCGCUCUUGAUUCCAAAAACUCGGAUUGGACUUUUCCUUUGAUGGCCCUUGAUUCCAGUACAUACUGGCAAGCUAAUAAAUCCGGUGUUGCAUUGAUGUCAGCAGCUGGUUUGGACAUUCUCAAAGACUCGGGGUUGUACCAAAUGAUCUCAUACUUCCCCGUCAUGAUUGGUAUGAUCAGCGCUCUUUCAACGUUUCUCUUAAUCACCCUUAUGCCUGGCCCUGUUGAGGAAACCAAAGAUGUUUCAAUAGCCGAAAUCCUGGUAGCUUUCGCUUUCUUUGGAGGCGUGCAAAUUGCCAGAGCUGCGUUUGCUCCAUUCAAGGGAGCUAUGUGUACCGUUUUCGUCAUGAUGGCAAGAGAUCCGGCUGCUUUCCAGGAACAUUAUGGACAGAUUUGGACUCGCUUGAAGGAGCUUCACCCAGGUGUUGCUGAGGCGUUGUUGAAAUGA